AUGGCCGAUGAGGAUGUGAUCGCCGAUGUUCGAAUUGUUCUCGUCGGCGAUUCAGAAUGCGGCAAAACGUCGCUGAUAAUGAGCCUUCUUGAGGAUGAAUGGGUCGAUACGGUGCCGAAACGACUUGAUCGGGUUCUUAUUCCGGCUGAUGUGACGCCGGAAAACGUGACAACGAGUAUAGUGGAUCUAUCAGUGAAAGAUGAAGACGAAAAUUGGCUAGUCGCCGAAAUUCGCCAAUCGAACGUGGUGUGCGUCGUCUAUUCAGUGACCGACGACAAUUCGGUGGAGAAAAUCGAGAAAAUCUGGUUGCCGAUGGUCCGACAGGCGUUCGGCGAUUGUCACGAGGUGCCGAUCAUUUUGGUUGGCAACAAAUCGGAUGGUCCCGUCAAUCAUACGGAAAAGAUUCUUCCGAUAAUGGAAGCGAACACCGAGGUCGAAACGUGCGUCGAAUGCUCGGCGCGGACGAUGAAAAACGUCUCGGAGAUAUUCUAUUAUGCGCAAAAGGCAGUGAUCUACCCGACGCGUCCGCUCUACGACGCCGACAACAAGCAGUUGACAGAUCGCGCGCGGAAGGCGUUGAUUCGAGUGUUCAAAAUAUGCGAUCGCGACAACGACGGCUAUCUCAACGACACGGAGCUCAACGAUUUCCAGAAGCUCUGUUUCGGCAUCCCGUUGACGUCGACGGCGUUGGAGGACGUGAAGCGCGCCGUCGCCGACGGUUGUCCCGACGGCGUUGUCGCCGACGCGCUCAUGCUUCCCGGCUUCCUCUAUUUGCAUUUGUUGUUCAUCGAACGCGGACGACACGAGACGACGUGGGCGGUGUUGCGCAAAUUCGGCUACGAGACGAAUUUGAAAUUGGCCGAAGAGUAUCUGUAUCCAAGAUUGUUGGUGCCGAUCGGAAGCUCGACGGAAUUGUCGCCGGAAGGCGUCCAAUUCGUUUCGGCGCUUUUCGAGAAGUACGACGAGGACAAAGACGGUUGUCUGUCGCCGAGCGAACUCCAGAAUUUGUUCUCGGUUUGUCCGUCGCCGGUCAUCACCAAAGACACAAUUUUGGCGUUGGAGACGAAUUCGAGAGGAUGGCUCACUUAUAAUGGAUAUAUGGCCUAUUGGAACAUGACGACUCUCAUCAAUGUGACACAGUCAAUGGAACAACUUGCCUAUUUGGGAUUUCCGGUUGGUCGAAGUGGUCCCGGAAGGGCGGGAAACGCGCUGGACGCGAUUCGAAUCACGAGAGAGCGACGAAAGGAUCUGGAAGCGAGGGGGACUGAUCGAAAAGUGUUCCAAUGUCUUGUUGUUGGCGCCAAAGAUGCGGGAAAGACGGUGUUCAUGCAAUCGCUCGCCGGACGCGAUAUGGCCGACGUUGCGCAAAUCGGGCGUCGCCAUUCGCCGUAUGUCAUCAAUCGGGUUCGCGUGAAAGAAGAGAGCAAGUAUUUGUUGUUGCGCGAGGUCGACGUGCUCUCGCCGCAAGACGCGCUCGGAUCCGGCGAGACGGCGGCCGACGUCGUCGCAUUCCUCUACGACGUCUCCAAUCCGGACUCGUUCGCCUUCUGUGCCACCGUCUAUCAGAAAUAUUUCUAUAGAACUAAAACGCCGUGUGUGAUGAUUGCGACGAAAGUUGAACGAGAUGAGGUCGAUCAGCGUUGGGAAGUGCCGCCGGAGGAAUUUUGUCGGCAGCACGAGCUUCCGAAGCCGAUUCGAUUCGCCAACACAUUUAUUGGAAAACCGAAUUCGGCGGUAUUCGAACAACUUGCAAUGAUGGCCGUUUACCCGCAUCUACGUCGUGUAUUCUACCUUCAUGAUUCGAAUUUGCUCUCGAAAUUGACAUUCGGAGCCGCGAUAGUGGCUCUCGCCGGGUUUCUGGUGCUCAAAAACUUGUAA